AAGGCUAGUUUCGAUAAUUUGUCCAUGGCCAACCAUGCAAUCCUCUUCAGAUUAUUCGGUCUUGCUGUCGUUUUUGUUGCUAGCGUCCUCGGUCAGAUCUUGCUUCUGGACAAGCUGCACGAUGCUGGAUGUAAAAACAUGUUCAGUCGUUCGAACUUUCCCUAUGCCGGCAUAUUCCUUCUCCCCUAUGUUGCCGCAGUUGCAUUUUUCUUCUUAUGUCGAUUACUCUUUUAAUUACGGUAUGCCGUUUUGUUUUCGUGUUUGCUCUGGCUGCGUCAGCUUAUGCAGUUGGCAAAAUUACAGCAAGGUUAUUGACCUUUUCCAAUUGUCUGCAGCCCAGACAGCUUACGAUGACACAUUUGUUUUUCGCCAUCCCGGAACAUCCACUCAGUCUCCUGUCUACGCACCAGUGGAAACACCCGCUACACUGCCUGACCAUGCAGAUUUGGAUAAAGCUCUGGAUCUGUCAUACAGUGCGCCGAUAUCCUUGCCAUCCGUUGCAGAGCCCACUGAAGGUUUUCUGAAUACCAUCCAUUACGUGAGCACAGCGACCAUCCAUCUCGAUGUCCAGGCACCGACAACCAGCAAAUAUGAUAACACAUCAGUUUUUGCUGGCCUCGGCUCAUGCCUGCAGGAUGCCUCUACGAACACUGCGACGGUCGAUGCUGCAGCUGAUCUUGGUGCCGCGGAAAACGGUUCUGCUGGAGGAGCUGUUGAUAUUCUUGCGGCUGCUGACGAGGCCAAUGUUGGUUUAGCUAGCCCUGCGUUGACAGAUUCGUCUGGAAAGAGUCCUGCGUUGACCGAAUCGUCUGGAAAGAGUCCUGCGUUGACCGAAUCGUCUGGAAAGAAUUCGCCAUCCUUUUCCCAGCGGAGCAGUACAGCUGAUUCCGGGGAAUAUCAAGACGCCUCGGAUGUGACCUUUAGCAAAUCAGGUUUGCCGGAUGCUGAUGCAGGGACUGUGGGGGAAAUUAUUAAUAAGGUUCUGGCCACGGCUAUGCUGCCUUUGCAUAAGAAGGAGCGUCAUCGACACUUCCAGUCCAGUAUGCGCACGCUCUUCACGCGCGGUAUGGUCAAAUUGAAUAAGGCCAGCCGCGAUCGAAACCGGUGCCGUCAUGAUUCCGCAACCGGAUCUGAGUGCAGCUGGGAAACCGCUUCUGACUCAACCGCAGGUCUGUCAGAUGCUAGCGAAAAAGGGUUUUCGAUCAGCUUUAAUCCUUUGCUCCCUGCCCCACCGACAUCUAUUCAAGAAGUGCCGACUACAAAAUCAGUGAUUGCGGAAAUGGAAAAACUGCAACUGGGUGGCGAUGCACACUUGUUUUCAAAUUCUGAUCGCAAUUUUUCUGGAUUAAGUCGACAAGAACGUUAUUUCUCCGCUAAAAAGCCUGAAGUCAGUAGCAGUAACAGUGGGCAAACUGCGGCUCUUUCUUUCCGUGACUUUUAUCCGCCGCCAAAAAGUGCCAUCAAUCUUCAGCUAUACCAAAUUCGCGAGCGGAUUUUCAACAACGAUGUACAAGUUUUUUCCAUUGCUCCGGAAAUCUCAGCCGAGAAGAACAAGCCCGUGUACACCGAACUGGAACCGCAAAUUCUGUAGUUUAAUCAUGGAAACAGUUUGCGGUGAGACCGCGCUCUUUUCUGGCAUUUUUCCUAUAAUGGUUGUGAUUUUCCGUUAUUGUGAUUCAUUAAACAGGGUGGGUGUUUCUUCGCUUUCAUUCUUUUUUUGCUUUUUCAGUAGAUUUGAAUAGCGCAUUUGAUUGAGACCUGAGCGAUCAUGUCACAUCUUUUGGACAGUUUUUAUGGCUUUGUGUAAAGUUUGGUGCAUUUCAAGUAGAAUCUGUGAAUAAAGACGCGGAAGUUUG